AUGGCGGCGGCCUCGUGGCCGAUCGCCCUGAGACACAAAAUGGCGCCUCCUCCUCCUCAACCCCUCCGGUUCCCGCCACUUUACCAUCUCCGCCCCCUUUGUCGGUUGCCGCCCCCGCGUCGGGUCCCGCCCCCCAUCAUGCGUCGAUCUUGGGUCUCUCAUAACCAGGACCCACCGGCAAGGGAGAGGCUUCGAGCCCUAGCCUGUCCUGCCUCAUCUUCAGAAGAGGAUGAGGACAGUGACGACCCCCGGCCAACAACCAAGCCAGGGGAGGGCUGGGCCCGGAUAAGGGCCAAGGCCAUUAGGGAUGGGGACCUAGAUCUCGCCAGGGAUCUAGGCCCAAUCGCGGCACCGGUUAGGCUCAAGAGGGGGAAGGAACCACGGUGGGAACAGCUGCCAUAUACGGAGGUGAAGGAGUUGAGGAAGGCAGCCAAGGACUAUGGGAGAAAUUCCCCGUUUUUUAAAAACACAUUGGACCUUACGUUUACUGGACAUACUUUGGAGGUGCUGGGAGAUGGCGCCGAGGGCCUGGAGGCGCUGGCAGGGGAAGGGGAAUUUAGUAAACCAGAAGAUCAGAUCCUCCUUCCCAACAACCUGCUAAAUGACAUCCGAGAAGCUGGGAAGGAGGCCCUACUAAAAAUACCUGAUGGAACCACCCCUCUCCAGAACUUCACAUCCAUCCUCCAGGGCCCUGAUGAGACUUUUAUUAAGUAUAUUGACAGGUUAAAGGAGGCUAUAGACCGGCAGAUUGAGAAUGUCGAGGCCCGAGAAGAACUGCUGCGUAAGAUGGCCUUGACCAACGCUAACCCGGAGACAAAGAAGAUCCUGCGAGCUCUCCCCCAGGAUCCGGAGCCGACCAUCGCCAAGAUGGUCGAGGCGUGCACAAAAGCGGCAUCGAUGGAGCAGACUGUGGCGUUUGCGGGGAAAAACAUUUCGUUGGACCUGAUGGCAGACACCGGUGCGGACGUUACCAUCGUCCCUCAGGCAGAGUGGCCGCGCGACUGGGAGUUAGUGUCCCCUUGUGGCACAAUCUCCGGCGUGGGAGGAGCCGUCAAUUCCCGACGCAGUAAGCACCUCGUGUGUGUAGAGGGGCCGGAGGGCCAGAUUGCCACAAUUCGGCCUUUUGUAGUUGCAUCCAAUAUCAAAUUAUUAGGCAGGGACGUGUUGUCCCAAUGGGGUGCCUGCACUGCGGAGCGCACCUCCCCACCGCUUAAUUGGAAAACUGAUACACCGGUGUGGGUGGACCAGUGGCCCUUGCCAAUCGAAAAACUUAAUGCGCUCAACGAACUAGUAGAGGAGCAGGUGCGCCUGGGGCAUUUAAUACCUUCCACCAGCCCCUGGAACACACCUGUCUUUGUUAUUAAAAAACCCGGCAAAGACAGGUGGCGCCUGCUCCAAGACCUACGCAGGGUUAAUGAUGUUAUUGAAGAUACGGGACCUUUGCAACCGGGCCUUCCCUCUCCCUCUAUGCUGCCCCGGGAUUGGCAGCUCGCAAUCCUUGAUAUCAAGGAUUGUUUCUUCAACAUCCCGUUAUACCCCGGAGAUGCUCCCAGGUUCGCGUUUUCGGUUCCGUCUAUCAACCGAGGUGAGCCGUACAAACGGUAUCAAUGGACCACUCUGCCCCAGGGAAUGAAGAAUUCUCCGGUGCUCUGCCAAACCUUUGUGGCACAGGUCCUUUCCCCAGUUCGUCGCCUUUUCCCAGAGGCCAUCAUCCUUCACUAUAUGGAUGAUAUUUUGAUUUGUGCUGCUAGCUCAACAUAUCUACAAGCAGCCUUAGACAGGACAGUUAAAGCCAUCAAAGAUGCAGGGUUUCAAAUUGCGGAAGAUAAGAUCCAGCUGUCGUCCCCCUGGAAAUACCUGGGCUUCCUGAUUACGGGAAGGACCGUCGCGCCCCAGUCUCUUGUCAUCAAGGACGACCCACGGACCCUGCGGGAUUUGCAGCAGCUUUGCGGUACCAUCACCUGGAUUCGACCUCUCCUGGGACUCACCACAGAGGAGCUGUCGCCACUUUUCCACCUGCUGAAAGGCGACGGUGACCUGCAAACUCAGCAGCUUUGGCACCCACCCUGCCAGAUGUUCAUAUGCAGGCUGAGCCACGCCUUUUACCAUCAGAAUGCUCCAGCUCUAUGCCGCCAAUUUAAGAUCUCUAAGGAGCAGGCGCGAGCCAUCUUAGCCACCUGCCCCAACUGCCAGUCCCACGCAUUACCAUCAGUAGCGACAGGGGUUAACCCCCGGGGACUGGGAGCAUUGGACAUCUGGCAGACAGACAUUACUCAUUUUCCUUCCUUUGGGCGGCUCAAAUAUCUCCACGUGUCGGUGGACACAUUCUCGGGGGCAGUGUUCGCCUCCACACAUACGGGGGAAAAAACCAAAGACAUUAUAAAACACCUAUAUAUGGCUUUCUCCACUCUGGGUGUCCCAAAAACUAUAAAGACUGAUAACGGACCAGGGUUUGUGUCCAAACAGUUCAUGGAAUUUGUGCAACUAUGGGGCAUUGACCAUGUUACUGGAAUUCCACACAACCCUACAGGGCAGUCAAUCGUGGAACGAAAACAUCAGGAAAUUAAAAAAUUAUUAGAACAACAAAACGAUUCGGCCAUCACCACGAGCCCUGUAGAGAGGUUGUGCAAGGCCCUGUACGUUCUCAAUUUCAUGAACUGUUCAGACCGUGAGCCAAACCCCCCAGUCCUGCGCCAUUUCCAUAAUAACACCAGGGCGCAGUUGAAGGAGAGGCCUCCUGUGCUCAUAAAAGACCCUGAGUCUAAAGUUAUCAAAGAAUGGCAGUCGCAGCAGCCAGAACACCCUGCAGUGACCGGCUUCCUGCAGCAGUCACCUAGCAGGAAGCUGGAUCGUAUCACAGCCCAAAGAGAACGUCUGGGUCACGCUGGCAAAGUCCAGCAUCCAGCGGAUCCAGGCGUUAGUGAAGGACUUAAAGACUGA